CUGCCGGUCGGCCCAAAAUGUCCCAAAUGUAAAAUAACCGCCACGGAUCAUAUAGUGAUAUAAAAUGAUAUGUAUAGUUUAUUAGUAUGUCAAUUGCUAGAGUAACAAUGGAUUUUAAUGCAAGUAAUGUUGUUUUUAGGCAAAUCUGUUAGCAGGUGUUAUAAUGCCAGACUGGUGGUGGCUGUUCAUGGCUGCCAUUUUUGGCGCCGUAUCAGCCCUGACAAUUCCAUUCGCGUUAUUGCUGUAUUUCAUUAGGCCGUUUGAGAAGGCAGACCAAACAGAUGAAGACUUGAGCAUUCCAAUCACAUUACCUCCUGAAAUUCUGAAUGAAUUAUGCCACGGUGCCGGCAGCUCUCCAGAGGGAGCCUUGAAUGGAAUGCUACAAUUUAUCUUUCAACAAAGUACGGCUGACACCCGAUGGUUAAGAAGACGUAUGGCGAAUGAGCUGGCGGAAUUACUAGCUAAGACAUCAUCGGGAAAGAUAUUUGAAUCUCUUACGUUACGUUCACUAGAAGUAGGAACAGAAUUUCCCAGUUUAUCAAACCUCCGGGUAGUGAGCGGAGAGUUAGAGGAAGAUGGUGCGAGACUCCGAUCCUUAGAUUUACGACUAGACAUGACUUAUGACGGCAGCUUCAGGAUUGAAGUUGACGCUGUUAUGUUACUGGGGAAGAUCGCUAACAUAUCUAUCACGGUCGAGAGCAUCAGUGGUACUGUCCGUGUGAUGUUUCGUAGAACGCCGUACACGCACUGGGCGCUGGCAUUCGAAAACCAGCCUAAACUUGAGCUCCGAGUACGAGGUCGCUUCCAAGGAAGACAGCUCAAGCCAAGAUUGGCAGCCCUUGUCGCCGCUCAUAUAAGGCGAGCUGUUGCACAGAGACAUACACUUCCUAAUUACAAGAUACGGUAUAAGCCAUUCUUCCCAAAAUCAGAACCUGGCAGUACCGAAGGCGAAGAUGGUCCUACACCACACGGUCGUCUCACCGUCAGGCUGGUGGAAGUCAGUCGGCUGUACUGGCCCGGAAAUAUCGGCAUUGUUCGAGCCGCUCUAGCUGUAGAUUCUCAUGCUUGGGUGUCUUUAAGACGUGGUAUUCUAGUACUGGACAUAGUACUCCCAGCAGUGAGUGGCCCACUAGGCCUUGUGUGCUGUCAAGGUGUUGGCGUUGUUCUAGUAGACACAGUUGUACCGAUGUCACCAGCAUACAGAGCUGAUCUUCGGAGAGACGACGUGGUUUUAGCGAUAGAUAACAAGCCUGUUACUAAUGUAGCACAGGUUGGCAAGCUCCUACGUAGCGUUGAGCGUCGUGCGGUAACAGUCCGUGUAAGACGGGGUGGGGCUGGAGGUGUUACAAGAAGAGAUGACGAACCAAAACGAUUGAGGACUAACUUCUCCUUUAGACGGGUUUCAGAAGUCAUGGAAGGAGUUAAAGGAUUACAAGGAAUGCGGUCUGCUUCUAAGAAUAACGUGCAAGAUUCAGAUUCUCCAGCAAAGACAGUUGAGCAAAACGACAUCGAUACACAAGGAAAACAAAAGAUUGAAAUAACACGCCAGCUCACUAAAUCCACAGAUUCUAUAGGACCUAGUAAUUUCGGGCUACGAAAACGAAGGUGUUCCGUUGAAAACAAGUCUUCUGACAGUUCUGCUGGAAGCACACCGCCAGCUUCUGGAGCUAGUACACCACUUCGCCAAGUUACAACCAAUAAGACAGUUAAACACCCUGACCUACCCAUAAUACGUACAGAAACCGAAUGCAAGGUUUCUGAAAAAGAAAUUGAAGAAGAUGAAAUCUUCGAAGCUGGCGGUCCAAGACAGACGGAGCAUGUUGAGAUAUGCCAAAUGUUUUGGACGAAAAAUGUCCAACUAAAGCCAAUCAUUCCUUUCGAUGAAGAGACAGAUUUCAAGCUAAAUGAGAAUCAUAAAUACCUCAAUAUAAACGUUUGGGUGACCGUCCCGGGAGAGAAAGAUGAGGUUUUACUGGGAUACCUUAACAUUCCACUUGCGGCGCUAUUAUCGGAAUGUCAAGAUUCAACUGUUCCUCAUCACAUGAAACGGUACCAGUUUCUACCGCCCGAUGUUGAUAUAAAAUUUAGCAAAAGCCACAAACUCUCAUCUCACGCUGGCUUUGAACCGUGCCUAUGUUUUGGAGAUGCAUUAGUGUGGUGGGAGUGGGAAGGCGUCACGGGCACUCGUUCGUCCCCCCGCCCUUCAACUAGAGUCCCCUCACGUGCUCCCGUGGUGUCCACGUCUGUGACGUCACACGACUUCGUACGUACGCACUUUCAUCGGUCCACUCAAUGCGACUUCUGUAAUAAAAAGAUUUGGCUGAAAGACGCAAUGCAAUGUCGAAACUGUGGAUUGUGUUGUCACAAGAAAUGCGUUACCAAAUGUCAGGAGACCUCACCAUGCAUACCCAAGCAGAAUCGAGAAACGACUGGGUUUCAACCUCCCGAACUAAUAACAACAGAGGCCGAUGUCGACCCAGACUCCGAAGAAGACGAAAAAGGAGAAAGAAAGGAUUCCCUAGACGUACACGAAGAAGGUGGUGGAGCAAUGAGUGCGCUGGUUGCAGGGCUUCGAAGAGCUGGUUCCGCACACUCCCUUUGUGUGUCUAAGAGCAACUCAUCCUCGAGAUCGUUACCGCCUUCUCCGAGCCAUACACCCAGAACCAUUGUAUCGGGCAGGAAGGGAUCCCUGGAGUCAGGCAACCCGUUCAGUGGAUGUGGCGCGUCGUGGUUGUCCCAAGGGGAGGUUGGGGCGGUAUUGGCCCCCGUGGUGCGGAGCGAAUUGCCGCCCGACGCACUUCUUGCAGCCGCCAGAGAUUCGGCACCCGCCCUUGCCGCUGCCCUAACAGCAGCACAGAUACACGAUAUGCUUCAAGCCGUACGCGAAGAACUAUCAGCUUCAGACGCGAGUGGUGAGGAGGGAGGAGAGGGCCGCGCCUGCGCGCUUACAGCUCUAAUGCUCCAUUGUUGCGCCGCCGCACAACUCGCACAACGACCCGAUAACACUUAACUCCCAUUCCCAUAUUACUAUGGAACUACAAGUGUCAUCGAUUAAGUAUUAACUGUCACGUAUAACGAUAACCUCGGAUCUUUUUAAAUAAUUUAAAUCCUUCCUUUACAGUAUGGUUUUCAUUCACUUGCAUCUUAUGUGAGAUGCUCCUAUUGACGUUGUUAAAAUAGGACCUUAAGUCAAUUGAACAAGGAUUAACCUGCGGAAGGUUUUAGUCUUUACUAUGAAAGCGAUAGUUUUUGUCUAGUUAUGAAUCAUGUUAAUAUCCUUUUAAAUAGUUUUAAGAGGGGUGAGGUCCCGAACUGACUUAAAUAUAUAACGUGUCCUUUAAAUGUUUGUUACUCACGCUAAGUUGUCUCGGGGGGAUUUUUAAUACUCCUAUUGUAAACAUGGGAUGAUGUACGCAAGAUCGUCUAAUGGUGAAAUCUUAUAUCACUUUUAAACAGUAAGCUACAGGAAGAAAAUUAAACGGUAAGGCAGGCAUAUCACGAUACUAGAAAUUCCGUAAUUUAAAACCACAGAAAAUAGAAAAGACUGGCGCUAGGUGUGAGAUUCAGAAACGAUACUUUCCUGAAAUAUAUACAUUUUUGACGUUCAUAAGUCGGACUUAGAGCCAAGCUUCGUUUCUGAUACUUACUCUAGGAUUAAGGAUUAUAAUAAUACUGGUUCUAGUACCCGUUCUAUGCAUAGAGUGUAGUUUUUAAAUAGGAUUUGGUCAAUUAGUCAAUACUAAAGUCGUCGCAGAUGCCGAAGUCCGCCCUAACUACAUAUUGUUAAAUAAGUACAUGGUUUACUAAAAGACUCGCAUUUUUAUUUACUUUUCUAUUCCAAAACCACCCUUAAAAUAAUAUAAAGACGUCAUCGCAAAGUACGAAUACUUAAUUGUCGAGAAUUAUAGUAAACCUAAAAGUUAGUCAGAAUUUACGAGAGAAAAACCGUCUUAAAGAUAUUUGCCUAAAAAUGUAAAUAGGAAAUUAUUUAUUAGUUAAUGAAGAGCAAACUAUGUGUAUUAAUAUUAAGGUGCAAUUUUGCUUGUCGUUGCUGUGAUGACUCAUUGUGAGGAGAGCGGGGUCAAACUGAUCUCGAACUUCUCACAAUUGGAUACAUUAAAUGCAUUGUUCAUUGUG